GGGUCCCAUUGUUUAGGCCUGGGAACUGCAAGGGAUGUGGAAGGACCUGACUUUGUUUCAUAUAAUAACACAUUAUUACACCAACUUUACAAAACACCUGCCUUGAAAUACAGUGACUGUGUGAUCCCUUUUGGAUUUUACCCAUGAAAUCCACUUCAGUUCAGAAUGGUGUGUUAAGGGUGGAAAGUAGGGAAGGUCCCUCUACAUUACAGUCUGUAAAGUCGGUCUUGCAUUUAGCACAGAUGCUAUGAGACGUCCAGAUGAUAUCUCACGUUUCAUAUCCUCCCUUUAGAGUUAACACGAGAGGAAGCUUGAGCAUUGCUUGCUCUCCCUUGCUGCAGCUUUUCUUACAAUCUUAGAGUUUCUCUUAUUUCAUUUUCUCUUUGCAUACUGAAGGCAAGGCAGGAGAUGCGGUUGGAAUUUAUUCAAAAAUAACCAAAAUAACAAGGCAAAUUGGCAAAUAACUUCCACAGGCAUUUAGUUAUUUCUUGUUUGUGCAAUAACAAAGCUUUCUUUCAUUUCACCUAUGAAAAGGCUUAGUGAUUUUGAAUUAAAUUGGCCAAAUACUGCUGUGGUAAAUUUUCUCCUUUUAUCAGUUAGGGCUGUAACCAGAGAUGGACCAAUCAAACAUAUUCAGUUUACCAUCAUAUGUGAGAUUAUUCACAUUUUAGGGGCUGGAGUCAGAACAUUUUUGCAUUUUUGCUAGAAAAAUUACUUUACAGUUAAUUCAUAAUCAAAAUAGUUGCCAAUCGGAUAAUAUUUUCAGCUGCAUUAUCAUUAUCCACCUGACGGAGUGGCACACCUGUCAGCAAGCUCCUCAGCCUGUUCCACUGCAUACUAAGCUAUUAGAACUCCUGACUUUAACCCCCCUGCACUUGUUCAGAAUGGAAUAUUCCUUUUCAGAACUCAACCUCACACACACACACACCCCUGUGACCCGGCACCAUGGUCUCUCCCAUACAGCCAGGGCUUACUGAUCACCCCUAGCAACCAAGCAGGCAAGGCUGACCGGCCUGGUGUGAUCGUCUUUCCCCUGUGUGUGUGUGUGUGUGUGUGUGUGUGUGUGUGUGUGUGUGUGUGUGUGUGUGUGUGUGUGUGUGUGUGUGUGAGUGAGAGAGAGUGUGAUGACAUCAUCAGCUCUAACAGUCAGCUGCUGCAGUGGAGAGAGCGAGCGAGAAAGAAAAGGGAGGAGGGAGGGAGCCCUGUGCACACACACACACACACACACACACUCUCACACAGCUCCGCUUGUCUUCCUCCGCUAAACAUGGCAGCCACACACGCAGUGAGCAGUGCGUAGUGAAGCCUAGCUUUAGCUUAGCCUCGUUUCAACUGUCAACAUGGAGGAGGAGGACGCGGCGGCCGACCCCUAUUUGCCAUACGACGGGGGAGGGGACACAAUACCCCUGCAGGAGAUCCCUAAAAGAGGGUCUAACUACGCUAUGUCUAACGGGGGCGGGGCACCCAGCAGCACCACCCACCUGUUGGACUUCCUAGAGGAGCCCAUCCCUGGUGUGGGGACCUACGACGACUUCCACACCAUCGACUGGGUCCGUGAGAAGUGCAAGGACCGCGAGAGGCACCGAAAGAUUAACAGUAAGAAAAAGGAGUCGGCAUGGGAGUUCACAAAGAGCCUGUACGAUGCUUGGUCUGGGUGGCUGGUGGUGACGCUCACUGGCUUGGCCUCAGGUGCUUUGGCUGGCCUGAUUGACAUUGCUGCUGACUGGCUGAACGACCUGAAGGAGGGCGUGUGUCUGAGUGCCAUGUGGUUCAACCACGAGCAGUGCUGCUGGACAUCCAAUGAGACCACCUUUGCUGAGCGGGACAAGUGUCCUCAGUGGAAGAGCUGGGCUGAGCUAAUACUGGGGCAGGCCGAGGGCCCCGGCUCGUACAUCAUGAACUACUUCAUGUACAUCUACUGGGCUCUGUCAUUCGCCUUCCUGGCUGUCUGUCUGGUCAAGGUGUUCGCUCCCUACGCCUGCGGCUCGGGGAUCCCUGAGAUCAAGACCAUCCUGAGUGGGUUUAUCAUCCGGGGCUACCUGGGCAAGUGGACCCUGAUGAUCAAGACCAUUACUCUGGUGUUGGCUGUGGCAUCUGGCCUCAGCCUGGGGAAGGAGGGCCCCCUUGUCCAUGUGGCCUGCUGCUGUGGGAAUAUCUUUUCCUACCUCUUCCCCAAAUACAGCAAGAACGAGGCCAAGAAACGAGAGGUUCUAUCUGCUGCGUCGGCGGCUGGGGUCUCUGUUGCUUUUGGAGCCCCGAUUGGAGGAGUGCUCUUCAGCUUGGAGGAGGUAAGCUACUAUUUCCCUCUCAAGACGCUGUGGCGCUCCUUCUUCGCUGCCCUGGUGGCGGCCUUCGUCCUGCGCUCCAUCAACCCGUUUGGUAACAGCCGUCUGGUGCUGUUCUACGUGGAGUAUCACACACCGUGGUACCUGUUUGAGCUCAUCCCUUUCAUCCUUUUGGGAGUUUUCGGAGGCCUCUGGGGAGCCUUCUUCAUCCGCGCCAACAUUGCUUGGUGCCGGCGGCGCAAAUCGACACGCUUCGGCAAGUACCCGGUGUUGGAAGUGAUCUUGGUGGCGGCCAUCACAGCUGUGGUUGCUUUCCCAAACCCGUACACGCGUCAGAAUACCAGUGAGCUGAUAAAGGAGCUGUUCACCGACUGUGGCCCGCUUGAGUCCUCGCAGCUCUGCCAGUACCGCAGCCAGAUGAAUGGCAGUAAGGCCUUCACUGACAACCCCAACCGGCCGGCAGGGUCUGGUGUCUACGCCGCCAUGUGGCAGCUCUGCUUGGCGCUCAUCUUUAAAAUCAUCAUGACGAUAUUCACCUUUGGACUCAAGGUGCCGUCGGGUUUGUUCAUCCCCAGCAUGGCCAUCGGGGCGAUUGCAGGGCGAAUCGUUGGCAUCGCCGUGGAGCAGCUCGCCUAUUAUCACCACGACUGGUUCUUGUUCAAAGAGUGGUGCGAGGUGGGAGCUGACUGCAUCACUCCAGGGCUCUACGCCAUGGUGGGGGCCGCGGCAUGUCUGGGUGGUGUGACACGUAUGACCGUCUCCCUGGUGGUCAUUGUCUUCGAGCUGACUGGUGGGUUGGAGUACAUCGUCCCCCUCAUGGCUGCCGUUAUGACCAGCAAAUGGGUGGGAGACGCGUUUGGCCGUGAGGGAAUCUACGAGGCCCACAUCCGUCUGAACGGAUACCCCUUCCUGGAUGCCAAGGAGGAAUUCACACACACCACACUGGCCCGGGAGGUGAUGAGGCCUCGACGCAGUGACCCGCCAUUAGCUGUGCUGACGCAGGACGACUUGACAGUGGAGGAGCUGCAGGCCACUAUCAAUGAAACCAGUUAUAAUGGUUUCCCUGUUAUAGUGUCCAAAGAGUCCCAGAGGCUGGUGGGCUUUGCUCUGCGCAGGGACAUCACUAUCGCUAUAGAAAAUGCUCGUCGCAAGCAGGAGGGCAUCAUGUUGAACUCCAGGGUGUACUUCACCCAGCACGCACCCACCCUGCCGGCCGACAGCCCUCGGCCCCUCAAACUUCGCUCCAUCCUGGACAUGAGCCCCUUCACCGUCACCGACCACACCCCCAUGGAGAUCGUGGUGGACAUCUUCAGAAAGAUGGGGCUGCGCCAGUGCCUGGUCACUCACAACGGGAUUGUGUUGGGCAUCAUCACAAAGAAGAAUAUAUUAGAGCAUCUGGAGGAGCUCAAGCAGCACACGGAGCCCCUGGCGGCUUCUUGGUAUUAUCACAAAAAAAGAUAUCCUUCGUCACAUGGCUCAAAUGGCAGACCAAGAUCCCGAGUCCAUAAUGUUCAACUGAUCCGCUCCUUCCAGGACGGCCGGGGGGGAGGGGGAGACGACAGCGAGGAGGAGGUGUGCCUGCUGGAUGGCUCCAAUCUCUGACAUUCGGACCCUGUUAUUUCCUUUUAGUUUUACAGCUUUGUAGACCCUGAACCUCGCCCGACUGACUGUGGCCCCCAGAGACUUACUGGCCACGAGAGGGAAAAGACAUGAUGAAAGACUUUGUUAGUAUCAUUCUGGCUGCUGAGGACACGAGGAGGUCACGGGUUGAAGGCACACACAUGAGGAAUGCACACACACAAAAUCACAAAAACACACACUUGUGCACUUGCAGACACCUCAAACAUGCAUGCUCUCUCUCGCUCUCUCUAUACACACACACACACACACACACACACCUCCCCUGACCUGUAACAAUACACCCAUUUGCACUCUUCAUGUGCCUCACCCUUGUCCUGUCUCCGCUGAGGUUGUGGUCACCUGGCUGGGGUCAAAGGUCAGAAUGAACCGCUGAUGAGAGAUGCGAUGAGGGACCUUGAAACUGCCAGGCUUCAACCUCACUUUCCUCACCUCCUGCACACACACCUGACCUGUCCGUCCUCCAGAGAAAUACAUUGUUUACCUGUGAAUUAAGUGUGUGUGUGUGUGUGUGUGUGAGAACAUGUAUGUAUGUGUGUGUGUGUGUGUGUGACUAACGGCACUACAUUCCAGCCAGGUUACCAUGGUAACUGAGAGUACGUGCACCUGCUUCCCCCCCCUGAAACGCGGCAGCAUCUCAUGAUCGCAUGGCCCACAGCUGCUCCCCUGGGUACACGCCGGCCUCAAUGAGAUGGCUUUAACGUGUGCGUGCGUGAGAGAGAGCGAGCAGAACGUAGAGACACAGAUGGGUACUGUAUUUCAAGGACAAAAAUGUUCCCUUUUUAGAUGGAAAAAAGUAAGACCUUUUGUGAGUGUGCAUCUUAAUUUCUGAGCCAGCUUGAACUGUGUGUGUGUGUGCAGGUUGAGUGUGUACGUAAAGAAAAAAAACAGGAUCAAGUGUCCAGGUUGAGUUCUUCUGUGUUCUGUUACAGGAAAACAAAAAAAUCAAGUUUCCUUGUUUCUUCUCAAACUAUUACUCUUGCUUCUACUUUUACACUGUUGAUCUUGCUAUAAUCAAUUAACCUUUUACGGCUUGAAGCGAAUCAAAGCUGGAAAUGUGCACUGUUUUUUCGGUUAAAGGGGAGAAGGAUGGCGAUGAUGCUACACUACGACUUCUUGUUUUCUUUUUCUGUAAUCUGUCCACGUCUUUGGGAAAUAAUGUCUUGUAUUUUCAAACAGGAACUAGUGUUUGUCAUAUGAUAUUCUCCCUUUGUUUAUCAGAGGAAAAGUAGGCCAGUCAUCUGCUCUCUAGAUAGUUUUAACUCUCCAUCCAUCUUUGGAAACAUGAACCUUAUUUACACAACAAAAAACAAAUUUUCCACCUGGGCAAAGACUCCAAGAAACAAACUAUUUCAAAAUGUAAAGAGAUAUUUUAUCUAUCUGGCACUGUCAACAGUUGAUAGUGUUUGAUUUAACCUACAUUGUGUGCCAGACGGGUGGAAGUUGACAGUUCAGAUAGUAAGAUUUUGAAUUUUAAAUACAUAAAUAACUGCAACAUGCUUUAAAAUGACAAAAACAAAUUCCAACAAAAAACAUGCUGAGAUUUUAAAAGUUUUAAAACGAACAAUUUUUAAUUUGAAAAAAUGUCUUCUUUUUUCAAUUACUAAGCCCAGUUUUGGUAAAAUAGCCCAAGUUAACGUCUCUAAAUUGCUUGUUUUGUGGUCCUAAACACAAACAUGUUCGAAUAAUAAUAUAAACCAGAGUAAAGCUAUAAAUCCUCACAUUUUAGUAGCUGGAACCAGCACGUUUGCCAUUUUUUGCUUUAUAAAUGUCAUAAACGCGGAAUCUUUUCAGCACUAAAGAGAUGACUUCUUCCAAACUUGAUACUUUCUUGUGCAGCAAAAACCCACCAGCACAGAUGUCGAUUAAACAUGAUUAGAUGGAUAACUUUUUUUAGCCUGUGACACCUUUAAAUGAAACACCUUUCAACCCCUCGUCAGAGGCUAUAAAGAACAAAGACUGAUGUUACGUUAUGUUCCUAAUGAAACUAUCCAGUACUGCAAAGAUAAAAGAAUACAUUAAUAUAGUUGCUAAAAUAAUCUCCACCCAAGGUUUCAAGCUGUACUACAUGGACUUUUAAGGGAGUGCUGAGAACAGUUCAAAUCCACAGCUCCAUGACUAUUGCACAAACUCAUCUGCUGACCAAGACUGUUUGAUAUGGUUGAAGGCUCUGGAAUUAACGAGUAAGUGGAUCUUAAUUUGGAGAUUGUUUUGCCAGCUUCUGUUUCCAAGGUCAAGAACAAACUCAAACUUAGCUAACUGUGUGUAAAGGUACUGUCUUUAUUAUGUAUUUCGUUAUGUCAUGUCCUGUCAAUCAUCUCGCGACCCUCAAGAACCACUGACAUCAAUGUAAAACAAACAUACAGUGCCAGCCUGGCUACAUCUGCCGAGUGCCUGGCAAAGGUUUCUAGGCUUUUCACACCCGUAUUUUAUUCCAAAACCCUGAGAAAAACACCUGCUGCUCCCGCUAACCUUUCCCCUCUUUGUCCUCUGAACAUGUGUUGUGAUCCUUUAAGUGCAAACGAUGGAGAGAUGGUGAAGCAGGGAUAAACAGUAGCACCUUACCUGUAGAGAGGCGGCAGUAGUGUGUGUGUGUGUGUGUGUGUGACUGUCCUGCUGUGGGUCGACAGGGAGCAGGGUGUCGUCUUUGUUAACCAGUGCUGUUGCCUAACAUUGUAUUUUCAAUUACUGAUCUCAAUGUUUUUUUUCCCCUUAUUUUUUAUUUUAUUUUAUUUUUUUUAAUUUAUGGGUAGUGUCUAUAGAGUUGUGCAUUAUUAUUAUGAAGAAUAUUAUGUAUGAUUACAUUGAUUGUUUGAUUGUACAUUUAAAACAAAAUAUGUAAAGUUUAAAUUUUGUUUUAAAUUAAAAGGAAAAAAGAGAUUGCA